UGCAGUCUUACGAGCCCUCGCACACCCUUGCUCACAUUGCUGCCUUCAUUCUACAUCGCUCAGUUAACUUUUUUUCUACUCUCGUUUGUUAGCAGAACAAAUUGUGUGGUUUCUGUAGCUGCCGAAGGAUAAAGCUACACACAUCGACAGAGAAAAUAUAAAAUUCUUUUGGUGGCAUUCCCCUCCUACAGGAGGAGAGCCCGGCUGAACAGUCGAUAUUCUCCCUGCUUGGGCACUAAUAGAACAUUAGAGAGGAAUGGGGGGGACGCGUGAUUCAAAUUCUUCUCAUCACAUAGGCAUACAACAAAGACGCAGAAAUAAAUAAACCAAAUAAAUAAAAGCGCGCGGGCUCGUAAAAAAAUCAAUGCCGUGGAAGAGAGAUUUCCCAAGUCUCACUGCCUGCACAAUUUGAAUCUUGCACCAGUCUAUAAAAACCUUAUUGUGAUGUCUUACGAACGAAAGAAACGCACGAAACACGCAACAAAGAUAUCAAACAGCUUGUUAUUAGAAAAGGAAUUCUCAUGAACACUUACUAGUUAGCUGGAUAGAAACAAUUUGAAACUUUAGUUAGAUUAAGGUAAUAAAAGUUAUAACAUACUGACAGAUGAUUAAUUCGUGACGCUAAACAGGCUCGAAGAAUCUGAGAAAUCGAAACCUAAAACAAGAGAAUCCUCCGCACAGAAAAGCACGAAACUAUAGAAGAAAAAACCGUCAAAACGGGUAGACAGCAACUCGGUACGAUUCGUGGGCGGACGGUGGCCUCGACGAAGAGGCAUUUCUACCGUGCACUACGCUACGGUAGUACGGCCAUUGAUUCAGACGAGUCGACCAUGAUCAUGGCUGAUGACGAACUCGAAGAUGAUCGCGCGAGUAGUCGACGAAAGUCCAGUUUAGCCAGCGGACUUGGCAGUCAAGCAAGUACGUGUAAAGGUGGCGAAGGAGGCGGGGAAGGUGGUGUUUUGGCUGGUGUCCUGCCAAAAGCUGAAGUGCAGAGUCUCAUGGAGAAAGCCAAAUUCUAUACUUCGCUGUGUCUUGGAACAACGUCCAUACUCGCUGUUUUCGCCUUCCUUUUUGCUGUACCGUUUAUAGUUGAACCGGCAAUUUCCACCAUUUUAGCAGAUUUCUCACCUAAGCCAGUCGCAUGCGCUACCACCAGUCACGUACUCGCUGAGGGAUUGAAGAAUUGCUCAUGGGCUAGUUGUAGAGAGGGUUGCACUGCUGCGGUGACAAGUUGCCAUCAGAUUCGCGUUAACUAUACCAAACUGACGUAUGAAGAAUUUGUAUCGAAACCAACGGGUAGCGUGCCGUGGGAUGUCGUCGAGACAAAGUUUUACGUGAAUGCGGAAGGCUGCGGUUAUCCCGAUACAGGAGUCAUCUGUUCACAGUUUGCUCGGAAGUAUGGCGAUAUGACUCCCGGAAAGGUUUUCCCUUGCUACUACAGCAGAACUUAUCCGGAGACUGUGGUUUCAAAGUAUUCCUGGGACGAUAACCUAAGAAAUUUGAUUUUGGCUUUGACAAUUCCAGUACUGCUAUUCAUUUUACCACUGGCGAUGCUCUGCUACUGGUAUUGUCCACCGGUUAAUAAGACCUGCGGCGGUACUAAAAGAGGUCUCAUUGAUGAAUACGAUAGGAAGGAAGAUAUCCUUGGCGAGGAGGACUUUGAGCAAGAUGAAGUGGAAGAAGACUUCGAGGAGGAGUACUGACUAUUGCCUCGGGCUCACCCCCCUGGACGGGAGUGAUGCCCUAGAUGGACCGAUCAUCGUUGAGAGGACAGACUUUUACUAUUGAAGACUUCAAUUGUGGAGAGAUAAAUAAACAUAUAUAAGAGAGACAACGAAUUUGGAUAUCUUCUUAUUUCAUGUUGUGAAAUGUGCGAUUUGUAAUCAGAUACAUCAGAUAACUUCGUUCUGAAAAACUUAUAUUCACAUAAACGGAUUUUGAAUAUUGUCUUAUUUUGAAGAGACGUUUCCCUUUUUAUAGUUUUCUCAAAGUCAGCUCACGGCAAUCAUAGUUUAUAAUUGACGAAAAUCAAAAACUGCAAUAAUACCCUAUAGCUAAUAAUUCACUUUGAGGACAAGCACAAUUAAGUAUUAUUUCCAAGAAUGUACAUAUUUCAACGUUAUUUAUAUAAUUAGCUUUAAUCUUUUUGCGAAUAUUUUUCAUAAUAUUAAAAUACUAAAAUAACGUCUGAUGAUAUGAUGUCAGUUCAUCGUAUUGUCAACAGUUUUUCAAAAAUAACUUUCCAUUGACUUCAAACUAACAUCAUAAAUUUUUAUUCAACAAACUAUUCUUGCAAUGUCUUAAAAGAAUCUCUAAUAAAAUGUAUCUAACAGCCGAUUCAGAACUUGAUCAUCUUUCAGUAUAAUAUUAAAUAUAAGUUCAAAGCGAAGUGUUAGAAGUUUGUGCGAUUGAAUACGAUAACAAUAUAACAGCGCCUUCUCAAAUAUGAGCUAUGAUAAGUAUGGAGAGUAUACAUACAUAGAAAUUUACGAUUUAUCUCGAAAUAAUAUCUAGAGCCACGUUCAAGCUACCAAAAAAAAAAUAUAUAUAUAUACAUAUAUAUACAAAUAGAUACAUAUUAUACACAUGUACGCGUGUGUGCGUGCGUGCGUGCGUGCGUGCGUGCGUGUGAAUGAAUGCCUGACUAAAGGCAUAAUUCAACGUUAAAACAAGCUCAUUGCUGUUUAAAACAAUCCUGUCCAGAAACGGUGGCAAAAGAAGAAUUUAUGUGAAAGAAAAAUUGCAAAAUUAGAUCUCUAGUUCGAUGUUGUUGAAUUGAUAAUGACUUUUGCAAUGUGAAACUGGAGAUGUAAGUUUGCCAUUGUAAAGAUAUUCAUAUUAUGAAUAUUUACGUUUUAAGAUAUUGUUAGGUUAAGUUUCGCCUGUGAAUAUUAUUAACGGUAUAUUAUGGUCACCACACUGACGACAUUGUUAUAUUAACGAUUUUUGUACGUGGCCGCCGCGCUGGCGCCGUGGUUUAGAUUUUACGCGAUGUUAUUGGUGAGAUGUAUUAGUAGAUAGUUAAAUGAAGAUUGAAAUAGUGACAAAACUAAUCUAUUUGGUUGAAUAUCUGCUUUGAUUUGGAUGAAAACUCGAUGAAUCGAGAAUCGCUGCUCAUUUGCUGUGAAUAAUAUAAGAAUUGACAUGGGAAAAUGCAGCUUAUUGCUGAACAUUCUAUCCCGAUUCAGGACGUAUUUCGUUGUGAAUACAUUUCAGACCAAAAAUAAUUGGUCGGAUUAUAAUAUGGACUUUAUAUCUAAAUUUUAAUCCUAAUUUUAAUCAAAUUUUUAGCAAUAGAAGGUCGCUUAAAAAAUUAUAAUUGGAAGGAUUAACAAUUUUCAACGAUGCAUCAUAAUGACUAAAAUAUUCGAUAUAAUUUCAUAUGUAAUAAUGAUGCAGUACUAAAAACUGACAUAGUAAAAGUUACCUGAUUGUAAAACUCUAUAACGAAUAAUAAAUGAAGAUAAUAUGAAAUGUAUGCAAAGAAGAAAACAUUAUUGAAAACAUAAAUUUAUAAAUCUACAUAAUUAAUGAAUCUUGUAUUUUGAAACAAAGGGAUUAUGUAUUUUUUGCGAAUACAGUAGAAAAUAUAAUAAAUAGUUAAAGAAACAUAAAGAUAACGUAUACAGCAGUGCUGGUCUAAUUUUUAAAUUGUAUCGCUAUAUUUAACAGAAUGAAUUGAGUUACAGUAUGUAAGAAACGAACGAAUUAUGAAGAUAAUCCAUGAUAUAUAAUAAUUAUAAAAUAAGGUAUACUGAUACCGUAUAUCGAUUGAGCUAAUGAUAGAUGCAAAUUGUAGAUUCAAAAAUUACGUUGAAACUGCAAACUAAUAAGUAUUUUGUGCCAUUACCAAUCGUGAAAAAUUACUAAACCAUGGUUUUUUGAAAAACAUGUCUCUCGUUUGAUACUGAUAUGGCAAUAUUUAAUUUUUAAAUUAAUUUAAUCAUUAUUAAGAAUCAUAUUAUAUUACAAUAAAUUAAGUAUCUUUUGUACGAAAAAAGUUUAAUUAAAAUAAAU